AUGAACUCUGAGACAGAUAGAGAUAUCUUGGUCAAAGGCUUAGAAGGUGUCACAGUAAAAAUACAGUUUAAAUACUGGCUUAAGAAGCACAGUGGCUGUGCAGCGACGGUGGCCCGGGCAGCAGACUUUCUGAAAGGCUUGCCCGUCUACAACAAGAGCAACUUCAGCAAGUUCCACGAGGACUCCGUGUGCAAGGCCUCGAACCGCCGUCCCUCAGUAUACCUGCCGACCGGAGAAUACCCGUCAGAGCAGAUCACCAUGACAGAAAAGAGGAACAUCCUACUGCGGUACCUGCACCAGCAAUGGGACAAAAAGAACGCCGCCAAGAAGAGAGACCAAGAGCAGGUGGAGGCGGAGGGCGAGAGCUCAGCGCCACCCCGUAAGGUGGCCGGGACUGACAGCCCCGACAUGCCCGAGGACACCUAGGUCCUGUGAAUCACCCAUCGUCUGUCAGCUGUGUCCGCUCCCACCCAGGUGUGUAAGCGCAGUCCGCCUCCUACAUCCAGUCCACGCCCUCCAAUCUCAUAGGACCCAUGUAUUUAUUUUCCUUGAGUUUAUUCAUGCUGUAACUCGUGUCAAGCAUUGGUUAAAGGGACAUCAAGCCCAGCCGCGAGGUGUCGGUAGAUGCUUUUUAAAGCACAGUGGUGUCCCCCACCUGCAGCAAGACCUCGUCGGGGGCCAGAGCCUAGGGAGGGCUGGGCCCCCAACACACCGACCGGCCUUAUCGCUCCUUCCCACCCACAGGCCCGGCACCCAGGUCCCUUCGUGCCCAGGCCUCACUCUGAGCCUUCGCCAGGGCAGGAAAGAGCUGGCCCCUCUGGAUCUUUCUCUUUUAUCAUUUAUCAUGGACUAGCCCGUGCUCCACGUCCACACCAAUAAAAGGACC